AUGGGGGGUCACUGCGCCGGAAUUGUCGUCGAACUCCCGGAUAUGAGUUCGAUAGAUAUCUCACAGCAUUUAUAUCUUGAUACAUUCCUCAUGAAUAUUGCCUCUCCAUCGCCAUUGAUAACCACAUGUAAUGACAACAUUUACUCACGAGUUGCAUAUACGCCUUCACAACUAAUGAAUAUCUCUACCGUCACCGUCCUCAGCGCAGGCGUCAUCGGAGUAAGUUGGGUAGCCCUCUUUAUCGCCAACAACCACCGCACAAUAGUCUACGACGCCAAUCCAGAUGCUGAGACCGUCCUCCUGAAUCAAGUACAAUCCGCCCUAUCCCAACUCUCCCAACUUACUCGAUACCAAGCUCUGCUCGCAUGGGAAGACCUCCGCCCACUCCUUUUCUUCACAACAGAUCUCAAAGUCCUCCGCUGCGAAGAAACAGGAACGGAAACCCUCAUCUGCAGCUCCGCCUCCGGCUUUUGCCCCUCGCAACUACAGGUCGCGUUCGAAAAUGACCACCACCCCGUGGGGGAAAACUUCCUCGUUGCACACCCCUUCAAUCCCCCACAACUAAGCCCCCUGAUAGAAGUGGUAGGCGGCGCACGCACUACCCCUUCGGCCAUUACGCGCGCCAUGGCCUUUUACACCUCGCUCGGCAAACGCCCCGUGCAUAUACACGCUGAGAUACCGGGCCACAUUGCAAAUCGCCUACAGGCCGCGCUCUUUCGGGAGAUAUUCUCCCUGCUGGAAUCCGGCGCCGCGGAGGUUGCGGAUAUAGAAACGGUUAUGGAAUACGGACCUGGGUUGAGAUGGGGUGCUAUGGGAUCAUCGCUGCUGAUGCAUCUCGGAGGCGGGCCUGGAGGGGCGAGGGAUUAUGUGAGCAAGUUCAUGGCGCAUUUAAUGUCAUGGUAUACACCAAAGAAUCCAGUAUUGGAUGGUGGUGACGGAGAGGCGCUGGUGGAGAAAUGGGUUCGAGGGACGGAGAUAAUUGCUGCGGCGCGGAACGGGGCAGAUAGGAGGAGAGAUAAAUUAAUUAUUAGUUUGUUGAAUGUGAAGGAGCGGGAGGAUUAG